AUGAUUGGUGUUUUUACAGUAGUCACAACUGUGUUACAACAAAAACUCUCCUAUCAACAGCGAGAACAAGACAAAGAAGAUGCACGACUUUUUCGACAGCAAUCUGAACGUCAAGCAGACAAUUUACGAAUAGAAACUGUAUUUGACAAUUAUGUCAAUGAUGUUUCAGAACUUUUAACGAUGAAAAAUCAAACACAAAAUUUAGUACAUAUUCGAACAAAAACAUUACCAAGUCUCAGACAACUGGAUGCAGAACGGAAACAACAUUUGUUUUUGUUUCUUUACGAAAGUGGAUUGAUUUAUCAUCAUCAUAUGAAACCAAUUUCAUCUUUAUUAAGAGUUAACUAUGCUAAUUUCAAUGAUAUUUUUUUCAAAGGAACUAUCGAAAUUCAAUGUUCAUUUCCACGUCUCUACUUGCACGAAGUUUACUUAUCAAAUUCGUCAUUUAUAGACUGUUACAUUGACCGUGCGAAUUUUUCGAAUGCAAUCAUGUACAAAGCAACAUUUUUCAAUACACUUAUUAUACGUUCGUCGUUUAAGUUUGCUUUACUAGUUAAAGCUAAUUUCAGUAAUUCAAAAUUGGCUACAAUGGAUUUUUCUGCAGCAUCAUUAGUCGAAUCUGUUUUUACUGGAGCACUUUGGAAAGAAGGUAAUGUUAACUUUGCAAAUACAAAUCUAACUGGAGCAAUUAUAUCGAAUGAACAAUUACAUAAUUCAACAUUAUACAAUUGUAUUUUGCCUAAUGGUACUUGGGGACUUAUCUACACGAAAAAUCUCGUUGUGAAUGGUGAUGUUGAACAAAAUGUAAGUAUGUAG